AUGUCUCUCGACCCUCGAGACUCCCGCACACGAGCCCGCUCCAAAUCCCCCGGCCGACGGGACGAACGUUCUCGCUCGCGCCAGCGUAUGCCCUCUCCUCCAUCAUCCCGCUACGAAGACCCUCGUGAUCGUGGGUAUGACGAGCGCAGUAAUGCUGCGAUCGUGACGGCGGAGCCGAGAGGUGAUCGAUAUGGUGCGCCUUCAGACAAAUAUGGUGUCCCGGGAGGAUACAGAGAUGAGGGCGCGCGAUUCGAUAUGCCUGCUAUGCCCGGCGGCUUCGAUGAUCGCGAUGAGGACAAGGAUAGAGAUGUGAGAGAUGUGAAGUAUGCGGGGAAAGGGAGGGAGAAGGAGUAUUACAAGGAGAGCAGUUAUGAGAAAAAGGAGUAUGGGAGGGAGGCUGGGAGGGGGUAUGAUGUUGAGGAACCGAAGUAUACGUAUAAAGAUCAUGAGGAUCCGAAAUAUAGUUAUAAAGAUCAUGAGCAUGGACCGUCUCAAUAUCAAGAUGCUGGGAGAGGCGCGGCGUUUAAUAUCGCGACCGGCCAGCAUAGUCUCAGUGGAGGUAUUCAGAUCGCUCAUGGGCAUGAGAAACAUGGGAAGAGCAAGUAUGAAGAUGCGCUUGCUUAUGGAAGUCCGCCGGGCCCCCAAGCAUUACAGAGUUAUGCGGAGCCGAAGAAGUGGGAGUAUCAGCAGCAUCAGGGCGAUAUUACGUAUUCGAAGAAACAGGAGACGACGUAUAAUGCGAGGCCGGUUAGUCCGCCAGCGGGGUAUUAUGGGAGGGAUGAGAGGUAUGGGGAUGAGAAGAAGGGGAGGGAAAGGAGGGAGGAGAAGAAAGAUAGGAGGGAUGAGAGAGAUGAUAGGGAUAGGAGGGAUAAAAAGGAUAGGAGAGAUGAGAGGAGGGACGAUAGGGAUAGUGAUCGUCAUCAUGAGCGACAUGGGAGUUAUACUGGUGAUUCGGCGAGGACGUCGAAGAACCAUAUCGUGACAGUGGAUCCUACCUCGCGACGACGAGAUCCAUCUCCUAAUCCUAUGGCUGGAUUGGCUCCAAGAAUGCACAGUUUAUCUGUCUCUACCGGUCACCACGGAGGAGCAAGCAUGAGUCUCGCCAACGCUCCCGGAUCUCCCCUCCUCGAAGCCUACCACGGCACCUAUCAAUCCAUCUCACCAAUGCCCUCUCCCCUGGUCAUGGCCUCCCACGCUCCCAACGAUCUCGACGAUCUAGGCCCUCUUUCCCCAGGAUCCUCCGACGAUGAACGCCGUGGCGGCAAAAAAGGACGACGAACAGCACGCUUCCACGACCCCGAAGAAGAAGCCUCCAUCCUCGCCCGCGCUCUCAAAGGCGACAAACACGCCCCCGACACCCGUCCCCUCAUCGACAUCCUCCCGGGCCUCACUCACGAACAAGUCCUCGAUCUGCGCGUCGAAUACAAACGCAUCGUCAAAACGGGCUCGGACAAGAAAGGCGUGAAUAUUGCUAAACACAUCAAGCUCCGUCUCAAAGGCGAGGAUCCGGCGCUUAUGAAAGCAUGUUAUGCCGUUGCGCUAGGUCGUUGGGAGAGCGAGGCUUACUGGUCGAAUUUCUGGUAUCAGGGCGAGAAAUCGCGGAGGGAGUUACUUAUUGAAUCGCUGAUGGGCCGUACGAAUCGCGAGAUCCGCGAGAUCAAAGAUGGGUUUGCGGAUAAGAAGUAUAGUGAUAGUUUGAUCAAAUGCAUGAAGACGGAACUUAAGGAAGAUAAGUUCAAGAAAGCGGUGUUGAUGGUGCUGGAUGAGAAAAGGCAGGAGGAUGGACGCUAUGGCGUUGAUCGGAGACUUGUAGAGGACGAUGUGCAUGAUCUGCGUGAUGCGGUGAGGAGUGAGAAGGGGGGCGAGAGUAAGAUGAUUGGGAUUGUGGUUGUAAGGUCGGAUGCGCAUCUCAGGGAGGUGUUGAAGUUGUAUGAGCAGAGUUAUAAGAGCAAUUUCGCGAGGGAAAUGUUGAAGAAGUCGGGGAAUUUGGUUGGCGAACUCCUCGCCCACAUCCUCAACGGCGUAAUCAACAAACCCGUCCGCGACGCUCUGCUCGUCCACCACGCGCUCUCGGCAUCCAAAUCAGACUCCAUCCGCUCCGAACUGCUUAUCUCGCGCCUCGUACGCUAUCACUGGGAUCGUCCGCACAUGGAAGCGGUCAAACGCGAAUAUCGGAAUCGCUAUGGCGUGGAUAUGCAGAAGGCGGUGAGAGAGGGGACGCGUGGGGAGGUGGGUCUGUUUUUGGAGAUGUUGUGUGUGAGGCGCAUGGGCGAUGAGGUUAGGGAGGUGGCGAGGGAGGAGUGGAGGGAGGAGGGUGGGAGGAGGUAUGAUUGA